CCAACCUACAACUUGAAAAACAUCAAUCAAUCACCACGAACUUUCGUUGCAAAUCUUUACAAAUUUCUUUUGCAUUACCCAAAUCGAAUCUAUAAAACUCCACAUUCCAUCCUCUUCAACAUCAACAAGAAAAACACUCAAAUCUUAGUUUGAAACACAUCAAGAAGAAAGAUGAGGCAAACUAUGUUUAACAGUGAAGUGGAGCUAGGCAAGUUUCUUGGCAGCAUUGGUGUCAUUCCAGAAGCUUAUCAAGCAAUUUCAGAGACUACUUUGGCUUAUGAACUUCACACCACUCCUUCUGGAAACACUGUUUUGGCUUUCAGCUCAUGUUCCCCUGAUUACACAACUCGGUUCCUUAAUGGAGGGUUCGAUUUAGUUCCAUCCAAAAAUUUCCAAGGCGUUGACUUCAUUUCUACUAAAGUCAACUCGUCAUUCUUCAUCAACGAGGCUGCUGUUGAGCUGUUUCAGCAGCUCGGUGAUGAUCUAAAAGAGCUUGAAAAUAAGCAUAUUAAUAGCUCGUUGAUCAUCACUGGAUCGGGUCUUGGGGGAUAUCUUGCAAUUCUUUCCACUCUGCGGCUGCACCAUGCCAUAGAUGUGGAGGAAUCAAAUGGUUCUAAGAAAACCAAAAGGCCCAUUUGCAUAACUUUCGGUUCCCCUCUUAUUGGUGAUAAAGCUUUCAAAAGUGCCAUCGAUGAACGCCCACAAUGGAAAUCUAGUUUUCUAAAUGUGGUUGCAAGGAAGGAUCCUAUUGCUAGUUUUUUCUCAUCGGAAACUCGAUAUAAGCCCUUUGGUACUUUUCUCUUUUGCGUAGAAUCAGGUGGUCACGCGGCUUUUGAAGAUCAGGAUUCGAUCCUGCCAGUUUUAGAAGCCAUGAAGUCAUCGAAUGAUGAUAACUCACAGGUUUAUGAUUACACAAAUGUUUUGAGUUCAAUCAGAAGGAAGGUAUUGUACCGUGGGGUAUCUGAAUUAGGCGAAUUCAACUUGAAUCCGUUGAGGGCGGGAAUUACAUUGCAGUUGAAGGAAGUUGACGUGUUGAGUGAUAUAACGAAUGAUGAAAUUGGGAAAAUGGAAAAGAAACAAACAGACAUGAUCAAAAGGAAGAGUGCAAUGAGUGCUUAUGAUCCUACCAAGAAGCUAAACGAUAUGAAGAUAAGUUUGACAUAUAUGGAAUGGUACAUGAAGACUAGGAAAUCGGAAGGGGGAUACUAUGAUAGCUACAAGAAUGCGACAAGCACAAGUGACAUCGAGAAGCAACAACUAAUGACGAAGCAUCAACGUAUUCUUAACCAGUAUUGGAAGAAGGUUGUUGAGGAAAAGGAUAUCAUGCCCCAAAAAGAAGGUGCCAAGUUGCGUAAGCGUUGGCUCUUUGGUGGGACCAACUACAGAAGGAUAGUUGAGCCACUCGACAUAGCCGAACACUACAAAAAGGGCAAUACCAACUAUAUAAAGAAUAGGCCAGACCACUAUAAGUUGUUAGAGAAGUGGUCCGAUGAAGACAAGAAAGAUUCGAAAACAAGUGAAGUAACAAGGCAUAAGGCUGCUAGCCUUACCGAGGAUUCUUGUUUUUGGGCACAUGUGGAGGAGGCAUUAAUUUCGUUGAAAGACUUAGUGAAUGGAGGGUCAACCGAGAAUGAGGAGAAGUUGAAGGAAUUUGAAAGUUAUAUGAUGAGUGCCAUCAACAACUACUCGGUUUCACAGGAUAUUUUCUUGGAGGGGAGUAGUUUAAUGAAGUGGUGGAAUGGGUAUAAGGCACACAAAGGAACUGGAUAUGCUUCUGAGUUUGCAGAAUACAUGAACAAUGAGGGCUAUAGAUCAUAUCAGUAAGGUGCAGUUAAGAAUCAUGAGUAUGAAUUGUUAUUGUGUGUAUGUAAGUUUGUUCGUGGGUUAACAGUUUGCUUCCUAGAAUAAGAAAAUAAAUGAAGUUAAGGAAUUGUUAUUGUGUGCAUGUAAGUUUACCUUUUCGGUUUUGUUUUGUAAUAUAAAGUAUCAAAUGUUGGAUUAAAAAUGGAAGAAUUUGUUUUCCUUGAA